UUUUUUUUUUUUUGGUACAGGAAACUACAGGUCUAUUCUACACCCUCAGGCAGGGGGUUGUUGGAUGGGCAGUAGGUGGUUUUGACGGUGCCUGUCUACACACACACACACACACACACACAAACACACAGAUUCCAUUAAACUCUGCAUGCAUGUUGGUGUUAAAACUUGUAAAAAGAAACAAGCUUCCUGAAAAUCCUGCUCCAGUAUGUGUACCUGCACCCACGCAUUGCCACUGGCAUACACCAUUUACUAAACCACCUCAUAACUACAUCUCCUGCUCAUAAAGCGCUGAUCUCCACCUUCUUGCUCUCAUUAAAUUCAGGAAUGCAUUCUACUUCCCAGGCAUUUGCUGACUAAACCACUGUUUAUCUUAGGUCUUUUAUCUAGUCCAUCUUUUGUUUGGGUACCAUUACUGAAAGGAUCUGGCAGCUGAUUUGAACUAGGUAUGAAGAAUCACAAAUAAACAAGACUAGGCAAGCCUUGCAAACGCUGCCCAUGGGGAAUGCUGACUGUGGAGAAACUUAAAACCUUUCACCGUUGACUUUCUGCCCUUUGGGGAUUGAGAACGUAACGAUCAAUUUUGGUCUUUUCGGAGCUCAGACGUUUAUGGAAACGCACGAAUAUUUAGGUUUGAACACAAACGAGAGCACGCACCUCCCAUAACGGUACUAGCUAGCUAGGUAGCUAGAUGUUCAAGUUAGCUAAUUCACUCGAUUCUUAAUUCCUCGAUGGGUUCUAUCCACCUUCGUCAUUCGAUUAUGGUAGGAUCUCAUUAUUUAUUAAAGAACGUUAUUAUUUUACGUCAUUUUAUUUUGCGUCAGGUUUACUGUCGUGAAAUGUCCGUGAGACAGGUUACUUCCUGUUAUCAUUUCCAUACUUAUAUACCUAUACACUCAUAUCUGCUAUAAACAGUCGUUCCUUCACGUCCUCCUUUCUGCUUCAUCUGUUAACCGCAAAGCCUUCCUUCCAUCCUGGUGACUCAGUGGUACAGAGAACUCGUCCCGGAGACUCCUUCCACAAAUAAAACGCUUUUAAAACCGAAUUAAGAACGUAACAGAGAACUAAAACUUGAGAUUUAACUGGGGGAAAAACCGGACAAUAGAACCAGCAGCGAUACUCUGAUAUAUUGGUGACGAGAACCAGAAAUAUCUUUUCACUUCAAUAAUACAUUCUGUUUUCCCUUAGAGCUUUUGAAUGUUUUCGAGCAUUUCUAAGAAAAUUGUAUUCUUCAAAAAUGAUGAAAGGCCAGAAGGAGGGAACGUGGUCAGCAGCUCCUUUUGGCUUCCUGCGAAGAAAAGGAAAAAAAAAAAAAUCCUAUCCAGAUGUUCAAGAUUAAAAGUGGCCUAUCUGGGGGACAUCGCGCUGGACGAAGAGGACAUGCUCAUGUUUAAAGUGGACCGCAUUGUGGACGCCGUCCAGAAAACGGUGAUAAACCUGAACCGCACACACACGGCAGGUGUGUUAUCCAAUGACACGAGCCCGAACGCUGCCAGGUCCAAUCAGCAGGCUGCACGGCGAAGGAAGAGGGCGGCGACGUCCCGCCCUGAGAGGGUGUGGCCUGAGGGUGUCAUCCCUUACGUCAUAAGCGGCAACUUUAGUGGUAGUCAAAGGGCCAUAUUCAGGCAGGCGAUGAGACACUGGGAGAAACACACGUGUGUGACGUUCAUCGAGAGAACCACAGAGGACAGCUACAUCGUCUUCACCUACCGGCCGUGUGGGUGUUGCUCAUAUGUGGGCCGCAGGGGAGGAGGACCCCAGGCCAUUUCCAUUGGUAAAAACUGCGACAAGUUUGGAAUCGUGGUGCACGAGCUCGGUCAUGUGAUCGGAUUCUGGCACGAGCAUACGCGGCCGGACCGAGACGACCACGUCAGCAUCAUACGGGACAACAUCCAGCCUGGACAGGAGUACAACUUCUUGAAGAUGGAGCCCGGUGAAGUCGACUCUCUAGGGGAAGUCUAUGAUUUUGACAGCAUCAUGCACUACGCCAGAAAUACAUUUUCCAGAGGGAUUUUCCUGGACACCAUCCUUCCACGAUACGACAUAAACGGCGUCCGUCCCCCCAUCGGCCAGAGAACCAGGCUGAGCAAAGGAGACAUUGCGCAGGCACGCAAACUUUACAAGUGUCCAAGAUGUGGAGACAGUCUGCAGGACAGCAGUGGGAACUUCUCCUCUCCUGGUUUCCCCAACGGCUACUCGGCCUACAUGCACUGUAUCUGGAGAAUCUCAGUCACGCCAGGCGAAAAGAUCAUUCUCAAUUUCACUUCCAUGGAUCUAUAUCGGAGUCAUCUGUGCUGGUACGAUCACGUGGAGAUCAGAGAUGGAUACUGGAGGAAAGCCCCACUCAAAGGUCGAUUCUGUGGAGACAAGCUUCCUGAGCCGAUCAUUUCGACAGACAGUCGUUUGUGGAUCGAGUUUAGGAGCAGCAGCAACUGGGUGGGCAAAGGUUUCUCAGCUGUGUAUGAAGCUAUCUGUGGUGGUGAAGUGAAGAAGGAUAAUGGGCAGAUCCAGUCUCCUAACUACCCAGAUGACUACAGACCCAAUAAAGUCUGCGUGUGGAAGAUCACUGUUGCUCAGGGCUACCAUGUAGGCCUCACCUUCCAGUCCUUUGAAAUUGAGAGGCAUGAUAGUUGUGCGUAUGACUAUCUAGAGGUUCGUGAUGGGAACUCGGAAAACAGCCCGCUGCUGGGCCGCUUCUGCGGCUAUGACAAGCCGGAUGACAUCAAGAGCAGCUCGAACCAGCUGUGGAUGAAGUUUGUGUCCGACGGCUCGGUCAACAAAGCCGGGUUCGCUGCCAACUUCUUCAAAGAGAUGGACGAAUGUUCAAGGCCAGACAACGGUCGUUGUGAGCAGCGCUGUGUAAACACACUAGGCAGUUAUAAGUGUGCGUGUGAUCCAGGCUUUGAGCUGGCCGCAGACAAACGAAGCUGCGAGGCUGCAUGCGGCGGCUUCAUCACCAAGCUGAACGGCUCCAUCACGAGUCCCGGCUGGCCGCGCGAGUACCCGCCGAACAAGAACUGCGUCUGGCAGCUGGUGGCGCCCACGCAGUACCGCAUCACGCUGCUCUUCGACGUCUUCGAGACCGAGGGCAACGAUGUAUGCAAGUACGACUUCGUAGAGGUCAGAAGUGGACUUUCUGCGGACUCCAGGCUACACGGGAAGUUCUGCGGAGCCGAGAAGCCGGAGACCAUCACGUCUCAGUACAACAACAUGCGCAUCGAGUUCAAAUCGGACAACACCGUCUCCAAGAAGGGCUUCAAGGCCCAGUUCUUCUCGGAUAAGGACGAGUGCUCGAAGGAGAACGGUGGCUGCCAGCACGAGUGUGUGAACACCUUCGGUAGCUACAGCUGCCAAUGUAGGAGUGGCUUUGUCCUGCACGAAAAUAAACACGACUGCAAAGAAGCCGGCUGUGAUCACACGGUGAACAGUGUGAGUGGAACCAUCACCAGCCCCAACUGGCCUGAUAAAUACCCCAGUAAGAAAGCGUGCACAUGGGCUCUCUCCACCACACCGGGACAUCGCAUCAAAAUCGCUUUCAAUGAAAUCGACAUGGAGCCUCAUUUAGAGUGUGCGUACGACCACGUUGAGAUCUACGAUGGACGCGACGGGAAGGCGCCCAGCCUCGGACGCUACUGCGGCUCCAAGAAACCUCCUCCAGUCACGUCGACUGCGAACAAGAUGUUCAUUCGCUUCUUCUCCGACAACUCCGUGCAGAAGAAAGGAUUCGAGGCCUCGCAUACUGCAGAGUGCGGAGGUCAAUUGAAAGCCGAGGUGAAAACCAAAGACCUCUACUCGCACGCCCAGUUUGGGGACAACAACUACCCCGGUGCAUCGGACUGCCAGUGGGUGAUCUCAGCUGAGAAGGGCUACGGUGUUGAGCUCAUCUUCCAGACGUUUGAGAUCGAAGAGGAAGCCGACUGCGGCUACGACUACAUGGAGCUCUUCGACGGAGCCGACACCAAGGCCCCAAGGCUCGGCCGCUACUGCGGAUCUGGGCCUCCUGAGGAGAUUUACUCGGCCGGCGACUCCAUCGUCAUUAAAUUCCGAUCAGAUGACACUAUCAACAAGAAGGGCUUCCACGUGCGUUACACCAGUACCAAGUUCCAGGACACGCUGCACUCGCGGAAGAAGUGACCCCUAGUGGCCGGGAGGGGCCGUGCAGGGCCCAGGGGGAGGAGUCGAGGCGCCAGGCGGAGGGCGCAGCCCGUCGCUCGGAGCCCCCCGGCCGCCAAUGCCAGCCGCAAGAACGAUGCCAACCGCACCUCAGUAGCUCACAGGGGCUCUGGCGCCCCCUACUGACUGUGAGGAGUAAAGCCAUUCCGCAGUAGACCUUGUUUUUACCUUUUUUAUGAUUAUGAUUAAUGAAUUGGGUGGGGGCGGAGUUUGGGGUUGGAAGAGGGAAUUGUAUUUGGAUUAGAGGAAUAUUUGGGGUAUAAAGGGGCCAUCAUGGAUGGGAUUGGGGGGGGGGGCAUGAAUAGAGGAGUGUAGAUGAUCAGUAUUUGAUCACCAUUGGAUUCGUGUGUUUUUUUUUUUUUUAGUUUGUUUUUUUUAAUGAGCCGAAAUGCAAUUGCAACAAACACACAUACCUAUGCGCACACACACACACACACAUCUACACACACACACAUACACACACACACACACAUACACACUGAGGGCCCGCAGGAUCUCAAGCAGGAUGAUGAAGUAUUCAGGUCUCAUCGGGCCAGACAGCAACACCACAAAUGGAGAAAGAAAAGAUUGAUGGAUGAAAGAAUUAAAGGGCGGAUCGAUGUUUGUUUUUUUUUCUUUCCCAGGGCAUUAUGGGAAACCCCCAUCUUUUUCACACACACACAUGUGCCCGGCUGGUUUCAAAUCCACUACUUCAGUUACUCACCCUGUUUGUCAGACAGAUGCAUGUAACAACACGGGGGAAAAAACACCAAACGGGUCAUUUUAUGUGACUGCACAAACCUUUGUAAUAUUUUUUUUUUUCAGGAGGCUUUCUUCCAUAUUAGCGUUAUCGAGGAAAGUUUAAAAAAAAAAAAAAAAAAAAAAAAAGACAGUUAUCAUAUUAAAAUAUUAAUAAAUGAAAUGUGGCCCAUGUCUAUUGGCUGUUAAUUGCUUUUCCAUAAAAAUGCAAAAAUUUGAUUAUUUUGACCUUAAAUACACAAUCAGUUUAGGCUUCUGUUAAUGUGUUCCUGUCCCCAAAUCACACUAGUAAUUCAAUAUGCUGUGGGUGCUUUUAUAGCAAGAGCAAAUUAUAUUUCUCAAAUGAGAUUCAGUGCAAAUAAUUUAUUUCAACUGUUGAAAUUACAUGCUACUCAUGUCUCUCUCCUUCAAUUACCUUCAACAUCACACAGUUCUCCAUCUUUGUUCCUAGAAAAUAUGCUGUACUCUCUGAAACAUAAUUUUUUAAAGCCUUAGUGUUUCCCAUUAACAUUCUCAAUUUGCCUGUUCUGUACUUUCCACUACUUUUAAAAAAAUAUAUAUAAAAUUCAGUAUUUCAGUAAUAUGUAACACACAUGGUUUAACGUACCCCCGAACAUUUUUUAUUUUAUUUUUAUUUUUUAUUUUUUAUUUUUAAUGGCUAAUUCCUCUUGGAUGUCUUUUCUGAUUACAUAGAUUGUUUCACAGUGCUAAAUUAAUUUGUUUUCCUUUUGAAAAAUCUGUCAGUGCUUCUGUAAAAUACUGAUUUGGCAAGUAUUAUGUAUGAACUCAGUUUGUGAAUGUCAUUAAAUAAUUAGAAUAGGUAGAAGAUGACACAGAAAAUACUAGCUACAGUACAGAACCUGAAUGCUAAACUAGCCAGCUAGCUAAGGUUGCUAAUUUUACUGAUCUAUUUCGGCACAUUUGGCUACUGUUAAAUGAAUCUUUGAGGGUAUGACAGUGUAAAUCAACUGACUGAAACUAGAUCUCACUCUAGUCUACCUGAGGCAAAUGCAAGCUAGUUUUAUGCCAGUUACCAAGCCAGCUAGCUACUUUUACUAAUGUUACUGGUAUUUUUUCUCAGGUUUGGCUUCUGUUAAAUAAAUCUCUGAGAAUCUGAC